AUGCCGCGCUUCUCGCCGCUCCUUGCUGCCGCCGUGGCGCUGUCGCUGGGCAGUGUUGCGCACGCCGCUGCGCUGCUGAACACGCCCGUGACGCUCACGACGUGCCAGCCGGCCGCACUGAGCUGGUCGGGCGCGCAGGGCAGCGUCUACAUCUCCGCCGUCGUCGGCACCAACACGGCCGCCGCGCCCAUCAAGGUCUUCCCCGUGCAGCGCGGCGACUCGGGCGUGUACACGUGGACCGUUGACGUCGCCGAGGGCAUCACGCUGACGUUCAUCAUCAACGAUGACACUGGCGUGCAGAACUUCACCGGCCAGGUCACCGUCCGCGAGGGCUCCACCGACGACUGCGUCACCGGCAACGUGAGCGUCGGCGCCGCCGCCGCCGCCACGGGCGCCUCGAGCGCGCCGGCCGCCGGCGCUGCGCCCGCGCCAUCGAGCUCGGCGCCCGCCAGCAGCUCCACGAGCGCCGCCGCCGGCCCCGGCGCUGGCCGCACGACGACCACGGGCACGUCGACGUUCACGUCGAUCGGCAGCGGCACGUCGACGUUCACGGGCGCGAGCAGCAGCAGCCGCGCCUCCUCCUCGGCCAGUUCCUCGGCCGCCUCGGCGUCGGGCACGGGUGCGCCCGCCAACGGCGCGUGGUCCUCGCGCGGUGCUCCCAGCGCUGCGGCCGUCUGCGCCGCCGUGCUGGCCGCCUUUGCGCUCUGA